AAUUUAAAGUCCAUAUCCUACAUCCCAAAGAGUGUGAUGAAUACUGUAAAAAGAAAAAAAUGAGGAGGAAAAAAAGAGUUUUGGACAAUUUGGGGUGACCCCACAUUUCUCUCUCUAAAUCCCUACCGUUCAACUCAUUCUUCCCUUCUCUAUUUAUACACACUUCCGAUUUUGUUUAGAGUCUCAAGACUUGUGUCUUUCUUCUGCAACUAUCAUCAGCAUUACUUCACCAACUUCCCCCCAUCUCUCUGCUUUGCUCUCUAUCCUAAACACUUCAAACAUCAUAUUCAUCAAUGGCUAAUUGCUUGGAGAUUUGCAAUGAGAAUUUGCAGGGUGGGGAGACAAAAGAAGAGAGAGAAGUUUGUACUCUUGAUGGGACUAUUGAUUGGCAUGGCCAACCUGCUAUCAGAUCAAAAUCUGGAGGAUGGGUUGCUGGAAUCAUUAUACUCUUGAAUCAAGGUCUUGCAACUCUAGCGUUCUUCGGAGUUGGUGUGAACUUAGUGCUGUUCCUGACAAGGGUUUUGCAGCAAAACAAUGCCGAUGCAGCCAACAGUGUGAGCAAAUGGACCGGAACAGUGUACAUCUUCUCUCUUGUUGGGGCUUUCCUCAGUGAUUCAUACUGGGGAAGGUACAAAACUUGUGCCAUUUUUCAGAUCAUCUUUGUCAUUGGACUGGUUUCACUUUCCAUAACAUCACAGCUGUUCCUGAUCAAACCAAAAGGUUGUGGGGAUGAGGACACUCCAUGCGAGUCGCAUUCAAGAUUGGGGAAUGCAUUGUUUUACCUCUCCAUUUACCUUAUUGCACUGGGAAACGGGGGAUAUCAACCAAAUAUUGCCACAUUUGGAGCAGACCAAUUUGAUGAAGAAGACUCCACCGAGGGGCACUCAAAAGUGGCAUUCUUUAGCUACUUUUACUUGGCGCUUAACUUGGGUUCUCUGUUCUCAAACACCAUUUUAGGGUACUUUGAAGAUGAAGGAGUGUGGGCUCUGGGCUUCUGGGUGUCAGCUGGCUCAGCUUUUGCAGCAUUGGUGUUGUUUCUUUGUGGAAUCCCAAGGUACAGACACUUCAAGCCAAGCGGCAACCCUCUCUCAAGGUUCUGCCAAGUCAUUGUUGCUGCAGCUAAAAAAUCAACGGUCAAGAUGCCAGCAAGUGGAGAUGAACUAUACAGUCUUGAUGCCAAGGACUGUUCAAUGAACCGUGGUAGAAGGAUACUUCACACCCAUGGAUUCAAGUUUCUCGAUAGGGCAGCAUAUAUCUCAUCAAGAGAUUUAGAUAACCAAGGACGAGGCAUUGGCAAUCCAUGGCGCCUCUGUCCCAUCACACAAGUGGAAGAGGUCAAGUGCAUUUUAAGAUUACUUCCUAUUUGGCUCUGCACCAUAAUCUACUCUGUGGUCUUCACUCAAAUGGCUUCCCUCUUUGUCGAACAAGGCGCUGCCAUGAAAACUGUUGUUUCAAACUUUCAUAUCCCACCUGCAAGCAUGUCCAGCUUUGACAUUCUCAGUGUCGCAGUUUUCAUUUUUCUUUACCGGCGAGUCCUAGACCCACUUGCAGGGAAACUCAGAAAAUCAGAUUCUAAAGGGCUUACUGAACUUCAGAGAAUGGGAAUCGGUCUCAUCAUAGCAGUGAUGGCAAUGGUUUCAGCAGGAAUUGUAGAGUGUUAUAGACUAAAGUAUGCUAAAGGCGACUGCACACACUGUGAAGGCUCAAGCUCCUUAAGCAUCUUUUGGCAGGUUCCACAGUAUGCGUUUAUAGGAGCUUCUGAGGUUUUCAUGUACGUGGGACAAUUGGAGUUCUUCAAUGCACAAACCCCGGAUGGAUUAAAAAGCUUUGGUAGUGCACUUUGUAUGACAUCAAUCUCUUUGGGGAAUUAUGUCAGUAGCCUUCUGGUCACCAUGGUUAUGAAAAUAUCAACAGAGGACCACAUGCCAGGAUGGAUUCCAGGAAACCUGAACAGAGGUCAUCUAGAUAGAUUUUACUUCCUCUUAGCUGGACUGACUGCAAUUGACUUUGCAGUGUAUAUUAUGUGUGCUAGAUGGUACAAAUGUAUCAAAUUGGAGGGCAAGUGUGAAGAAAACGAAGACCUGGAGCACAACAAGGUCUGAUUUGAAGAAAUAUAAACAAAAGCAACACUUGUUUGCUGAAUAUGUUAUCAGUUUGUGUAAGAAUAAAAGGAAUAGGGCCUAAAGAGUCGGAAACCUAUUCUUGGCUCAACUCUUUAUACCCAAUUCUUUCCCUUUUCUACAACAUCUGAUCAAAUAAUUUCAAGCAAUGUUAUUGAAAGAGCAAGGGUGGCGUGUUCGGCAGAUUUCUUGUCCAAGACCUUCCAUGUUCCCGCCGGCUAAAUUUCUCCCCUUUAUUCUUUAGAGGACUUUGACUUUCUUUUCUCCUUCUCCCCUUUUGCUUUUCCUUUUAUGUGGGGAAGCUAGUAUGUACAAUCACUGAGCCAUCCUUUUUCUAUCUAUCGAGUUGUCAAUGGAAAUGAAUCUCUCCUUUGUCUUCUGAGAUUGGUAUGACCGAGGGAGUUAAAAAAUCAAGAGGGGAAACAUAAGUACAUUUUCCUA